UUUAAGCCAGGUCGAGCCAGUGUGUACACUACACUCUCCUCUCGUUUCUUUUUUCUCACUUCCAACACGAGUUGCACUCGUCCCACAUUUUCUUCUAUUGGUCUCUGCCACCAUGAAAUUUGUUGCAUCCCUUCUCCUCUUUGCUCUCUCUGCAUCCGCGGCCCCGACGGCUGUGAGCGACAGCGACAGCGGCAGCAGCGCUGCUUCGACUUCGACUGCGGCGCCGCCAUCAUCGUCGUCCAGCGGCAGCAGCAGCGGCAACUCGACGGGCUCGGGUGACUUCCAGCUGCAGAACGGCCUGGACGCGCAGAUGCUCAACGCCCAGUUCCAAAACAUCUCGGCGAGCGACCCCUGCUACGAUGACACGAUGGCGUGCAUUACGCAGAACGGCACGCCCGGCUUCGCGCAGUGCGUCAGCGGCCAGUGGGAGAUCACCCAGUGCGCGGCGGGCACCGAGUGCGUCGCGCUCCCGCGAGUCAACCAGCCCGGCACGACCAUUGCGUGCGACACCCUGGCCGACGCGCUCGCCCGCAUUGCCGCGACCGGCGCGACCGGUGGGCUCACUGGUGACGGCGGUGACGGUGGUGACGGCGGUGACAGCGGUGACGGCGGUGACGGCGGUGACGGUGGUGACAGCGGUGACGGCGGUGACGGUGGUGACAGCGGUGACGGUGGUGACGGCGGUGACGAGCGGUGA